UGAGGGAAUUUAAUGCUAUAUGUCUACUAGUUGAAUACGAAACAGUGAGAUAUGCAGUAUAUAAAGGGCAUUGGCUUUGUAGCAUUUUAGUCAGUGCAAUAGCCUGAAGCUUGUAGGGCAAGCAAUUCAAAACAUUCCUUGAGAAUGGCAGGUGGAGUGAGGGUUUGUAUUUUAUCAUUGCUUUGUUUUCAUGUUUUUGUGGGAAGUGUGGUUUUUGCUAGAAAUGUGAAAGAUGAUGAUGAGAAGUUUGGGUUGAUUGGUAAGAGCGGCGGAUUUGGGGGUGGGUAUGGUGGUGGCGGAGGAUUUGGUGGAGGAGCUGGUGGUGGGGGAGGAUUUGGAGGAGGGGGUGGUGGCGGAGGAGGGUUUGGAGGGGGUGGUGGUUAUGGUGGAGGAGGUGGUGUCGGCGGAGGGUUUGGAAAGGGGGGUGGAAUAGGUGGGGGUAUUGGUAAAGGUGGUGGAUUUGGGGGUGGUGUAGGCGGUGGAUUUGGCAAGGGUGGAGGCAUUGGUAAAGGUGGAGGAAUUGGAGGAGGCAUCGGUAAAGGUGGAGGUGUUGGUGGUGGAUUUGGUAAGGGUGGAGGAAUUGGAGGAGGCAUCGGUAAAGGUGGAGGUGCUGGUGGUGGAUUUGGUAAGGGUGGAGGAAUUGGGGGAGGCAUCGGUAAAGGUGGAGGUGUUGGCGGUGGAAUUGGCAAGGGUGGAGGAAUUGGAGGAGGAAUCGGUAAAGGUGGAGGUGUUGGUGGUGGAUUUGGCAAGGGUGGAGGAAUUGGAGGAGGCAUUGGUAAAGGUGGAGGUGUUGGUGGUGGAUUUGGCAAGGGUGGAGGAAUUGGAGGAGGCAUUGGUAAAGGUGGAGGUGUUGGUGGUGGAUUUGGCAAGGGUGGAGGAAUUGGAGGAGGCAUUGGUAAAGGUGGAGGUGUUGGUGGUGGAUUUGGCAGGGGUGGAGGAAUUGGAGGAGGCAUUGGUAAAGGUGGAGGUGUUGGUGGUGGAUUUGGCAAGGGUGGAGGAAUUGGAGGAGGCAUUGGUAAAGGUGGAGGUGGAGGUGGAGGAAUCGGCAGAGGUAUUGGUAAAGGAGGAGGCAUUGGAGGUGGAAUUGGGAAAGGUGGUGGUGUUGGGGGAGGAGUUGGUGGUGGAUUUGGAAAAGGUGGAGGAAUUGGCGGAGGUAUUGGUAAAGGUGGAGGUGUUGGAGGUGGAAUUGGGAAUGGUGGUGGUGUUGGGGGAGGAGUUGGUGGUGGAGCAGGUGGAGGUGCAGGUGGAGGAUUUGGAAAAGGUGGUGGAAUUGGUGGAGGAGGUGGUGCAGGUGGUGGUGCAGGUGGAGGAUUUGGUGGAGGUGCAGGUGGAGGAUUUGGAAAAGGUGGCGGAAUUGGUGGAGGAGGAGGAUUUGGGAAAGGCGGUGGGAUCGGAGGUGGGGUUGGAGGAGGUAGUGGUGGUGGCUUUGGAGGUGGAUUUGGUGGAGGAGCAGGAGGUGGAGGUGGAGGUGGAGGCGGAUUCGGUGGUGGAGGCGGUGGUGGAAUCGGUCAUCACUAGGUUUUCCAAUUCUUUUCUUAUGCUAUUUCUACCAUGCACAAUGGCUUAUUGGCAUAGUGGCUACAUGGAACUACAUUUUCCGUUUUCUUAUAUUUAAAUACUAGACCACAAGCAUUUGUAAUCUCACUAUUAUUGUCAACUAAAUAAAAGUAAUAUGUGAUAUACUAUUAUACAUUGUAUAACUAAAAUGAAUAUUGAAAUAUAAUUAAAAGAACGUUAGUUUUUGCA